UUUAUUUAUUUGUCUUUUGUCUUUUUAGGGCCGCAUCUGCAGCAUAUGGAGGUUCCCAGGCUAGGGGUCAAAUCGGAGCUGUUGCUGCCAGCCUAUGUCAGAGCCACAGCAAUGCCAGAUCCGAGCCGUGUCUGUGACCUACACCACAGCUCACGGCAACACUGGAUCCUUAAUCCACUGAGUGAGGCCAGGGAUCAAACCCACAACCUCAUGGUUCCUAGUCGGAUUGGUUUCUGCUGCGCCAUGACAGGAACUUCUCUUUUCUUUUUUAAAAAAGGCAUUUAUAUUUCUUUUUCUUUUUCAAAAAGGCAUUUACAUUUCUUUUUCUUUUUUCUUUUUGGUCUUUUUAGGGCCAUACCCAUGGCAUAUGGAGGUUCCCAGGCUAUGGGUCGAAUCGGAGCUGUAGCUGCCAGCCUACGCCAGAGCCACAGCAACAGCAGAUCCUAGCCACGUCUGCAACCUACACCACAACUCACAGCAACACUGGAUCCUCAACCCACUGAGCAAGGCCAGGGAUUAAACCUUUGUCCUCAUGGAUACUAGUCAGGCUCAUUAACCACUGAGCCUUGACGAGAAAUCCAAAAGGUAUUCAUAUUUCUGAUUACAAGAGUGCUACGAGCUCGUAGACAUUUGGGGAAAAUAUGCAAAAAAUAUGUUCCAUCACAUGCAGAAAAGUUGUAGUUCCUUGCUGUCAUUUUUCUAGGCAUAAAACACACACACACACACACACACACACACACGCAAACUGCGACCAUGCCAUACAUUUUGGCUUCCUGAAAUAUAUUAUGCACAUGUUUCCACAUAGUUAAAUAUUUUUAAAACUGUGAUUUUGAGUCAAUACUAUUCUAUUAUAUAACCAAUUUGUACUUUUAAGACUUCCUUUAUUGUUAGAAAUUAUAUUGCUUCCAUCUUUUCUUCACUACAGUUUUGAUUUUAAAAAAAGCAGCAGCAGCAGCAGCUCAUUGGGGCCAAAGAGUUUCAUAAUGUUUAACUGGUAAAACAGCUCCUUCUUUGGCUGCAAAUAUCUCAUUGUUUUAAGUGUCUAGAAGAAAAGUUGGUUCCACAGGGUGACCUGACCUCUUUUUUUUCUUGUGGCGCAUAAGGGCUAGACACCCUCAUAUUACAUGUGUUACUAGCUUAAAUUUGCAGAGCACUUUUAGUAUUUAAUUCCUGCCCCAUACUUGCAAGGCAAACAAGGCCAAAAUCACACAGCUCAUCAGACUUCGACUCCACAUACUGAAUCUCAAAGUCAUUAUUUUCGCAGCUGUGGGGCACUGCCUAAUCAUCUGGCUCUUUCCCGGCACCCCCCACUCCGCCCCCGCAGGAAGUUGCAGGCACCUCCAGAAAGCUUCCCCGGAGGCUUGGAACACGGGGAACUUAACUCUGUCAAGUGGCGCUGUCCCAGCCUACAAACUGUCCUUGGCAACAUCGCCACUUACCAGCUGGGGUCAUUUCUCCCCCGAUGGCUGGGGGAACCCCUACUGCCCCUGAGCAAAGGGGCCCUGGGAGCAGAAGGAUCGCCGGCUCCGAGGCCCGUGAGGGUUGCUGUCGUUCGAUGGCGACGCAGCGGGGGGAUCACCCUCCCUGGGGUGUCCUGCCGAGCUAGCCGGGCCCUCUCAGCUCCAGGGCAUGAAUGAGGGGCGCGCCUUCGGUGAGGUGUAGAGGGUCCCCACUAGCUUAAAGAGAGCUGAGCGCAAGCGGGGGCCGCCGGGCUGACUACAAGGAUGCCCCGGGAGGUGACAGCAAUGCCUCCUCCCGGCGACCAGAGGUCAGUCCUCCGCUAUCCCAGAGUGCCCCGCACUCCGGAAGUGCCUGGCUUCCCGGAAGUGCCCGGCUGGCUGACAGAGUUCAGCCUCUCCCGGGCGCUGCCGGCGGAAGGUUGCCGCUCCGAGGCUUGAGUGGCCUCUGAGGUCCGGCUGCAGGUUGGGGUGGGCGUUGGGAGGGAGCAGGGCGGCGGGAUGAUGGAGGAGGAGGAACUGGAAUUCGUGGAGGAGCUGGAAGCCGUGCUGCAGCUCACCCCAGACGUGCAGCUCGCCAUCGAGCAGGUAUUUCCAAGCCAGGAUCCUCUAGAUCGAGCAGAUUUCAAUGCUGUGGAGUAUAUCAACACCCUGUUCCCAACGGAGCAAUCUCUGGCAAACAUUGACGAAGUCGUGAACAAAAUUAGACUGAAAAUAAGGAGACUGGAUGACAAUAUUCGAACUGUCGUAAGAGGUCAGACAAAUGUGGGGCAGGACGGCAGGCAGGCACUCGAAGAGGCCCAGAAAGCUAUUCAGCAACUCUUUGGGAAAAUCAAAGAUAUCAAGGAUAAGGCAGAAAAAUCAGAGCAAAUGGUGAAAGAAAUCACCCGAGACAUUAAGCAGUUGGAUCACGCCAAACGCCACCUGACCACCUCCAUCACAACGCUGAACCACCUGCACAUGCUGGCGGGCGGCGUGGAUUCCCUCGAAGCCAUGACCAGGCGAAGGCAGUAUGGAGAAGUUGCUAAUCUUCUUCAGGGCGUCAUGAAUGUUCUGGAGCACUUCCACAGAUACAUGGGCAUUCCACAGAUCCGGCAGCUGUCUGAAAGAGUGAAGGCCGCCCAGACUGAGUUAGGACAGCAAAUCCUGGCCGAUUUUGAAGAAGCAUUUCCUUCCCAGGGUACCAAGAGGCCGGGAGGACCGAGCAAUGUCCUGAGAGAUGCGUGUCUGAUUGCCAAUAUUUUGGACCCCAGAAUCAAACAGGAAAUCAUCAAAAAGUUUAUUAAACAGCAUCUGUCAGAGUACCUAGUACUUUUUCAAGAAAACCAGGAUGUUGCCUGGCUGGACAAAAUUGACAGACGCUAUGCCUGGAUCAAACGCCAGCUCGUGGACUAUGAGGAGAAGUACGGCCGGAUGUUUCCGCGAGAGUGGUACAUGGCUGAGAGGAUCGCGGUGGAAUUUUGCCACAUCACAAGGACGGAACUUGCCAAGAUCAUGCGUACUCGAGCAAAGGAAAUUGAAGUGAAAUUGCUUCUUUUUGCUAUUCAGAGAACAACGAACUUUGAGGGCUUUCUUGCAAAACGCUUCUCUGGGUGCACCCUGACCGAUGGCACUCUGAAGAAACCCGAGUCUCCACCCGCCUCCACCAACCCCUUCCUGGAGGAUGAGGCAGCACCGGAGAUGGAGGAACUGGCGAUGGAGAAAGGCGAUUCCGAGCAACCAAAGAAGCCUAAAGCCCCAGACAAUCCAUUUCACGGCAUUGUUUCCAAGUGUUUUGAGCCUCAUCUCUACGUGUAUAUUGAGUCCCAGGACAAAAACCUUGGUGAACUGAUAGAUCGGUUCGUGGCCGAUUUCAAGGCCCAGGGGCCCCCUAAGCCCAGCAUGGAUGAGGGGGGCGCCGUGCUCCCCAGCUGCGCCGACCUCUUCGUCUACUACAAGAAGUGCAUGGUGCAGUGCUCGCAGCUCAGCACCGGGGAGCCCAUGAUCGCCCUGACCACCAUUUUCCAGAAGUACCUCCAAGAAUACGCCUGGAAAAUCCUCUCUGGCAACCUGCCCAAAACCACAAGCAGCAGCGGCGGGCUGACCAUCAGCAGCCUCCUCAAGGAGAAGGAGGGCUCGGAAGUGGCCAAGUUCACGCUCGAGGAGCUCUGCCUUAUCUGCAGCAUCCUGAGCACCGCCGAGUACUGCCUGGCCACCACCCAGCAGCUCGAAGAAAAGCUCAAGGAGAAAGUCGACGUCAGUCUGAUUGAACGAAUCAACCUGAGUGGAGAAAUGGACACAUUUAGCACAGUCAUCUCCAGCAGCAUUCAGCUGCUGGUUCAGGAUCUGGAUGCUGCCUGCGACCCUGCCCUGACGGCCAUGAGCAAGAUGCAGUGGCAGAAUGUGGAGCACGUCGGUGACCAGAGCCCCUACGUCACCUCUGUCAUUCUUCACAUUAAGCAGAAUGUCCCCAUCAUCCGUGACAACCUGGCUUCCACACGGAAAUACUUCACUCAGUUCUGCAUUAAAUUUGCAAACUCCUUCAUUCCCAAGUUCAUCACACACCUCUUCAAGUGCAAGCCAAUUAGCAUGGUGGGCGCAGAACAGCUGCUGCUGGACACCCACUCCCUGAAGAUGGUCCUGCUCGACCUGCCGUCCAUCGGCUCGCAGGUGGUGCGGAAGGCCCCGGCCAGCUACACCAAGAUUGUGGUCAAGGGCAUGACCCGUGCCGAGAUGAUCCUCAAGGUGGUGAUGGCCCCUCACGAGCCGCUGGUGGUGUUUGUGGACAACUACAUCAAGCUCCUGACGGACUGCAACACAGAGACCUUCCAGAAGAUCCUGGACAUGAAGGGGCUGAAGAGGAGCGAGCAGAGCAGCACGCUGGAGCUCUUCCGCCAGCGGCUCCCCACCCCGCCCUCCGGGCCCGAGGGCUCCAGCUCUCUGUCCCUCCUGGCUCCGACUCCAGAACAGGAAUCCUCUCGCAUCCGCAAACUGGAGAAACUAAUUAAAAAGCGACUGUAGGGGAGCCAAGGGGCACUUUCCCCCUUGGCCGGUGACCCCCAGCACCCAGGUGCCCAGAAGCCCCCUCCCCUCCCGGGCUCCCCCGACUCCCAGAUCAUCAGCCUGGAAAGUCCCUGGGACAUGUGGGUCAUUAAUGUGUCCCCCCCGUGCUCUGUCUCAAUUCCUGGCCUAACUGCAGAGCCCAGUCAGGGCCAGAUAAGAAAAAGGCGAUGGAGGCGGCCUCUGAUUCCGGUCGCCGAGGCGGCAGUGGGUGAAAGGUCCCUGGGCGUCCCUCGCCGUCCCCUGGCCACUCUGGACUGGUCCAGGUGUCAUGGGCUCUGCAGCCUCGCCUCUCGGUCAGACCCUCAGGCGUGUGGCUCUGUUCCCUUCCAUGCCUCUGUCCCCAAAGCGUGGGAGGACCUCAACCCUCCUCUCCGCCUGCUGUGAUUUGAGGCCACCUCUGGGACCAGACUCCUAAGAGAUGAACUCUGAGCUUGGCUCCAGGAGCCGAGUUAUGAAGUGACAGGUGACAGCCGUGGGAAACGAGCCUUCCUUUGCCGAGACGGUGGAAGCAGGAGGCCUCUUGUGUGUGAAUCCCAGGUUCCUGGUAUGUGUGCUUCUGGCCCUUCUCCUGACUUGGCCGAGUUACCCUGUGUUCACCUCCGCUGCCCUCUGUAUGCGGAGGGCUCCCCCGAGACCGCCUGCCCAGGAGGAUGGCACAGCUGUCCCCGCUGUGGGGCUCCUGCCAGGGCCGGGGCAGACCCCCUCCCACUCCGAGAGAGGGUUCUGUUUGGCCCACUCGCUGCGUAACAUAAACACAUUUUCUUUUUUCUUUUUAUUUUUUUAUUUACUCCCUCCCUGCUCCUGACUGGCUUCCAGGGAAGGGAUGGCAUCUGUGAAGGGAAACCAGGAAGCUUUCCCAGCAAACCCAUCCGAGGCUUUCUCCUCAGAUAAAACUCUAAGAAAAAGCCUAAGAGGCCUGAUCCUCUAAUCCCCUUACUGCCAUCUUCAAAUCCAGAGUACUUUCCAGAAUCAUCUGAAACAGCAAAGAUGAGGCGCAGCCCCAGCCGACAUGUUACUUUAUCACUAAUGAGAAAGAACCUGGGUCCCUGAUGCCUGAGGAUGAGAAUACUGAUUUCAAACACGUCCUCAGAGCCUGGCCCAGCCCACACACACCCCGGCCCAUCUGCCGUGUCCUCCGCGGGCCCCUGGCCCGCACUGCUUUGCAGAAGAGAACUGUCCUUCAGAGCUGCCUCAGCCCCCUGUGUCCCAAGAACAGGCAGUGUGGUUGUCCUGGCUCACCUGGUUCACCGGAAACCAGGCCUCGGUUAACUGUGAUCACGGCCUGCGGCGGCUGCUGUUGGUGUCAGCGUUUGUCCCGGGGCUCGGAACAGUUUGUGGGCCGGGUGGGGAGAGAGGUGAGGAGGUAGGCGUGCGCGAGCAGGUCUCAGGAUCACAUUAGGAUGUGAGAUGAUAACUCUGGAAAGGAUUUUCAGGAUGCAGUUUCCUGGAAAUCCAUGAAACUUGUGACAGCCAGACAGCAGGGGGCUUUAAGGUUUGGAGAUCUGACCAGGAGCAUCGGUCGUCUCUCCCCUUCUUGUCUUCCCUGUGUCACCACCCGGCACCGUCCCCUUUCCUCCCCAUCGGCCUCGUCCGCCCCAACUUGGAACCUGGGCCUGGUUUCUUUUAUCAGCUUCCGGCCUGUGACUCUCACAGGUUGAGCAUCUCAAACUUAAGAACACUGGGAAAAGUAGGUGGCGGAAGAGAGAGGUCUUGCCUUCAGCUGAGCCCUGUUAGGAAAAGAUGCUAAAAAGAGGCAGGCAGGAUGGGCAGGGAGGCGGGGGCAGCCCCGGGCAGCUCGCUGGAUAAAGUGCCCUCCACCCUGGUGAGCUUGUCCAGCCCGCGCGGACUGAGACCGUUCUUCUCCCGCCCUUGAAGGAGAAGGGGCGAGGGCCCAGCUCCAGACAGCUGCCUCUGCCGUCUGUCAUCGACCUGGUGGCUGGAGAGGCCCGCGGGCUCCCACACCUGAUUCCUGUCACUCUCCGUGUUUACAGGUCCACACUUCUCUCUGCGGCUCGUUCACGAGGAGUCAUUUUCUGGACGUCUCCAUAAUGGCAUUGAGAUGUCAAGCCACUGUCCCCCCCCCACCCCCACCCCCGUGGUGAUCCCUGCCCAGGAAGUUGCUUUCUUGAUUUAUUACACUGUCAGUGAUCUCCGAGGAGCCAACAGAUGUCAGUAGGAGUUAUGUGCAGUGUCCUGUUGACGGGCUCUGAGCGCUGUGUUCGCGUCCUGAACAGACAGCGUGUGCUUCUCAGCUGGGGGUCUGCGUCAGGUGCCUGGAGAUUGUGAGUCCCUCAGUCCGGAGUGGGGCCCACCUGUAGAUUUACACGUGCCGUAGGUGAUUCUCCUGUUGACUCCUUGUGAAGAGCCGUUGUAACAGAAUUUGCUUUAUGGAGGGGUUCCUGUAGCACAUCUUCAUAAAUGGGUAUUUUCUCCUGCCUCGGAGCAAGUGUAAUAACUGUCCAGCUGAGCUCGUACCCAAGUGGGAAGGGUGUUUGGGCUGAUUUCCAGCUGCUUUCUUUUUGAAUCGUGUUGAUGGCAGGGACCGUGGCGGACAUUGUGCUGUCCCCAUACUGACGAGGAUUCUUGUUUCGAUGACUGAGCCCGAAACAGAAGGUUUGUUUACUACUGUCGCUUUGCAGUAAUACAGAAAAAAGAACGCAUUUAUAAAAACGGUGGCUGACAACUCUGUUCUCAGCUGAAUUAGAUGUCCGACCAGUUUUGUGCCCCCCCCCCGCCGCCCCUGCACCACUUUCUCUUUCCCCUUAAAAAAAACUUUGAAGUCACCUUAUGGGGUUAAAAUAAAUAUUGGUAAUUUAUAAUCAAUAAAAA